AUGGAGGAGGUUGAAGAGGAAGAAGCAGACAGCGAAGGCGUCCGAGGGGCAGGACCUCCGGUGAUACUCCACGCAAUUGGACAUAUCAAGGGGGGGCAAGAAAGGAAAGUGAGCCACUUGGUCGGCUCGGAAGAAGGUGAACGGAUGGACGAGGCCCACCAGGAAGGGUUUCCCCCCUCAAAGGAAUCUCCACUGGUAGGUGAAACCUCCCCCAAUGGGCCAACCGGGAAACCGCCAGAUGAUCCCGACAAAGGGAACGAAGACGAUGACAAAGACGGUGACAAGAAGUGCAACGCGUGCAACUUCUGCGAAGACGUGUGCUUCUCCAUCCUCUGCGCAAGGUGCAAAAUAAAGAGGAAGAACCUCUACGACAAAUACAAGAAAUAUAAGAAGCACAACCUGAGAAUAUGCCAAAAAGAAAUUAAGCUUGUGCUGAAGGUGAACAUGAAAGCGCGCGCAGAGAUACUGUCCCGGAGUCUCUCGGAUGGGCAGACCAGGCGGCGGCGCGGACUGGUGGAAGGAGAAGAUGAUCUAGAAACGGCACACACGGUGAACCCCCCAAAAGCAAGGAACCCACAGAACGCGGCACGCCUCGCGAAGUCAAAACAGAGCAACCCCAACGACGAGGGUGACGAAAAGGGAAUAGUCCAAACGAGAGACCAGUACAAAACGCUAAAGGAUGCCAUCAGGAGGAGCAAAAGUCUCACCAACUCCGAGUGCGAAAGGGAAGAAAAAAAAAUGAAAUACUAUAAUUACAUCGAGUAUAAACAGUAUUUUACCAAAUGUGAAAUCAGAAGACACUGUGAUGUGAAUGACUGUUGGGUGGUGGCCAAUGGGUACGUAUACGACGUGACAACCAUCCUCCGCCAUCACCCAGGUGGGAUUAAUUGCAUUUUAAAAAAAGGAGGUGAUGAUGUCUCAAUGGAUUAUUCUUUCCAUUCCAAGUACGCACAGAAGAAUUUCUGGGAACCUCUAAGAAUUGGCACAGUUAUAACCUGCUCGAAGGAAGUUAACGACUUGCGGAUGGGAAGUCUCUCUUACAAAAUGAAAAACAAAUGCAUGAUGAUGUGA